AUGGCGAGGCCAUUCACCCUUGGCGACGGCGUCGACGGGCUCAAGAUCUGGGCAGAGCUGCACAAACUGCCGGAGGCGCAAGGCCGGCUGCGACAUCUCGAGGCCCUCAUCUCCGACCUUGGCUCCCAGGUAGAGGUCGCCGUUUCGGGCCCCAUCGAGGACGGCAGCGACUGCAGCAUCAUGUCAGCCUCCUCUGCUGCCGCGAGCAGCCAGGGCCGAGACACCAACAACAUGAGUACCACCAGCAACAUGACCAGUGAGGCUGGCAAUCACAUGGCAGUUGAUCAGCCCAGCACACAGGCAGGCCCAGAUCUCGGCAGCGGCGGGCUGGCGACUUGCGACAACGGCGAUCUCAUCGUGGAAGAUCGCUUUUGGACAAUAUUCUGCUCCGAGGUAGAGCAGAUUUUCGAUGCCGUCCGGGACCACAGCCGGCCACCGUUCUUCACACAGCAUGAUUCAAGCGAGCGCCCUCAUGUGAGCUACUUCAGCUACCUCUUAGGCCGAGUGGUCCCUGGCAAUAACAGCUCUUCUCUUGAUCUCUUUCCCAUGCCUUCUCAGAUGCUGUUUAUCUGGCAGACAUUUGAGGAGAGGGUUGAUCCCAUCAUUAAGCUGCUGCACAAGCCAUCCAUGGUGGAUAUUAUCCGCAAUCUCACCGGCGACUGGUCGAGGCUCGACGCAGCUUUGGCGGCUCUGGUCCUGGCAGUGUCCUUUGCUGCCGUUGCUGCAUUUGAUGAGGACGAGGUUCCCAAGAACUUUGGUUCCUCCAAAUCGGAAGUACUCGCCCGUUACCGACUUGGCGCAGAGCAGGCAUUUCAGCAGUGCGACUUACUCACGACAAAAGACCUCGGAGUAUUGCAAGCUUACGUCAUAUACUUGAAUGUGCUCGUGCGCGGCGGUGAUGCCGAGCGGGCCUGGCCUUUGAUCGGCAUGCUUGUGCGGUUGGCGGUUCGCUUGCAGCUACACCGAGACAGUAGCCAGUCGCCAGGGUUCAGCAGCUUCGAUGUCGAGAUGCGCCGUCGGCUCUGGUGGCAGAUCUGUCUGCUCGAUUCGCAUCUCGGAGCGGGAGCACCGCGAAGCUCCAACUUUCUGAUAUCACAGGACAUGUUUGACACUGCAAGACCCUUGAACAUUGAUGACGCAGCCCUCGGUCCGAAUUCCAUGGUCACAGAUACAGAGACAACAGGAGGGGGUCGCACGGACAUGACUCCAACACUUGCACGCCUGGACACGUGGACAGCUUUGCAAGGGUUCAGGUCCCUCACCACCGCGACCGCGCUGAGCCCUUCGUCCUCGACCGAGAGCCUGGGGGGCUUGCUACAGCACGCUAGUAUCCUCCGCCAGACGUAUACGGGGAGGCUGUCAUCCGCCGACGCCCUGCGUCACCCGCUAGAUCGCUACCUCGCAACCAUGGCACGACUCUCUUUUGCAAGAAUCGAGCUCUUCCUCCGCCAGCACGGACUGCCGCCGGCGGACCCUGCGAUUGCGAACGCACAACCUGCUAGAGAGGUCAUCCAGCCAGCAGUCUUCAUCCUGGAGGAUGUUGUCGCUCUGCAUCAAGAACCAGCCUGGAAGCGCUGGCGCUGGCUCCUGCCCCCAACAUUUAGCACCCCCUGGGUAGCGCUCCACGUGGCGCUCAAGUACAUUUCCGGAGACGCUGCUGCGCAGAGCCAAGGCUCUCAUGGCAGUGGCGGUGAUGGCGACGACUCACUCGGCGGCCGGGCAUUGUCUGCGGUCGAAAGGGCCUUUGGGCUUAUACCUGACGAGGCUAAGACAAUGCCUCAGUACGCGAUACUCUUGGACCUCCAUACGCGUGCGGCGGCUUCCCGUGCUGCCGCUGCUGUCGCUGUUCAGCAGACUUUACAACCGCCGGGGCAGCGAUUCGAUGCGACACCGGCUGCCACACACAUUACGGAUGGGGCAUUCGACAUACCAGCCGCUUUCGCGUCACCAGAGAUGGACCCGUUUAACCAUGUAUCGUCUUGGAAUUCUAGAGAAGCGCAGCCGCUCGGUGGGGUGGCUGGUGUAAUACCAUACCCAGAGAUUGCUCGAGGUGAGAACGCAAUGCAGUGGUGGCAGGCUUGGGAGUUUGCAGAUUGGAUUGACUUUUGAAUCCCCAAGUAAAGAUUCCUCUAGUUUAGAUGGUGAUUCCUUUAUGCUUCGGGGAUCUAUCCAAGUAUUAUUCUUACCGACUACUUAGACUAGGUGCUUGAUUAAGAAUACUAACUCACUAUUGCUCUCUCCCGAAGGUCAGUUGUCGUAUAUCGGAUUCUCCUGGCGCUCAUCCUAGGUUUAGUCAUUGUUGCGGCACAAGGGGGGGCCUGGACAGGCACACUCAUGGGAUAGUCCAUAUUCAUACAUGACUAGGCUGCCAGUUCGAUAAUGCAUUCAGGCGGAAUGAGGAUUGCUGUUCAGGGUUCCAACUGUGUUCUUUCUCAUUUCCAAGCGUUGCCCGGAUAGCAUUUACCUGUCUCAGUGCUGUCUAAUAUGUAGAUCUGCCUGUCCAGUCCUGUUCAGGUAACUAGCAAU